ACUGCUGGCCUGUGGCUAUGAGUGCUCACUUCUGAAGCUUUAUGUCUGAUGUUUAAAUUCCCUUUAACUGAUGUCAUCCCUGUUUACAUGAAAAAGACACGGUUUAUUACCACUCGAUGCAGUUCUAGAAGAUUCAGGCAGAAGUUUGCAUGGCUAUAUAAAUGCUGUUGUGCUGCACUAGAUCAGUAUCAUAGACAGAUGCUAUAAGUAACACUUCUAUAGGAAGGCGCUUACAUUGACAGACUGUAACACUACUUUGUAUUAGUUUUCCUGGACACUGCAAAGAAACUUUUUGUUGCUGAAACUUUUGCUGUGAGUCUAACGUAAUCAAGAACAGUGAGAAUGUCGAUGGUCAGACAUAUACCAGUGCGAUGGGAGUCGGACUACUGGUCCAGGCCGUAUAUGUUCCAGAACUCCAUGUUACCAUCCAGUUCAGGAUUUCCACCUCAUCCUCCUCCUAGCUACCCUGUUGAGCCUUUUUCUCCAGUUUGGACCUCCUCUGGAUUGAGUGAGAGAACCUUCCCUUUGGAAAAUCCAAGCCGCAGAUGGAAUCACAUGGAAGAUAGCAACCAGAUGAGCAGCAUAAACCAGGAUAUGAAACGCAUGGGUAGCGAAAUGAAUCGUAUGAUGCAAGGCAUGCGUAAUCAAUUUCCAGUUCCAUCAACUGUGGAUGAUUGGAGGCUGUCAGAAAAUUUUCGCAUGGACAAUCCAGUCAGGGAAGAUAAUGAUGGUUUUCGGAAAUUUCAUCUCCAGUUUGAUGUCAGGCAAUUCAAACCAGAGGAAAUAAAUGUGAAAACUAAUGGAAACCAACUCACUGUGCAUGCUAAACACGAAGAAAAGGAUUCAGGGAAAAAUGUUCACCGGGAAUAUUGUCGCCAGUAUGUCAUUCCUCGAGAAGUCAAUCCUGAACAUCUUAUAUCUAAAUUGAGCACUGAAGGUAUGCUGACCAUUGAAGCCCCCCUUCCUGCUCUGCAGGGGCCUCGGGACAAGAUGAUCCCCAUUGAGCACAAAAAGUAAACGGUGUACAGAUUGUGUAAAAUACAGUUGUGGUGUUGAUAUAAUAGUGUUUCACAGUUAAAUUAAUUGCCUUGCAUGUCAAGCCAGAUAACUUUAAACCAAUUCAUUUUUAAGGAAAAAAGAAUUUUCUCCUAAAUAUGUGUAUUUAUUAACAUGUUGUGCACCCAUUUGUUGUCUUAAGUCAUAAGAAGUUGUGCUGUUACAGUAUCAUUAUUUAAAUUGUAUAAUUAGGCCUAUUUAGCUUUUUAUAGAUUUCAUGAAAACUUGGGCAACUUAUUUAAAUUUAACUUGCCUUUAUUGUAUUUUGUAUAAAAAUUUAAGCGAAUGGGGAGAAAUUUAAUUAUUAAUAUUCCUACUAAUUCAAUAUGCAUUUGUAUGAUGCAUAUUUAAUGUAGAUCUGAAAGUUUAUUAAAUACAUCUGUGGAUUGUACAUGUGUAUGUAUAACUUUCCAAUAUAUUAUUUUAGUAUAGAGAAAAUAGAUAAAAGUGUUAUACAUGUAUGUAGUACGUAGGCCUAAUUAUAAUUACCCUGCAAUUUUUUGAUCUGGUUGGGAAAUCGUUCUUUGUUAUAAAAAAAGAAAGAAUUGUUUAUGAUUGUUUUUGACUGGUCAGACUUACUUAAUUGUUUAUGAUUGUUUUUGACAGGUCAGACUUACUAAAUUGUUUAUGAUUGUUUUUACCUGGUCAGACUUACUAAAUUGUUUAUGAUUAUUUGUGACUGGUCAGACUUACUGAAUUGUUUAUGAUUGUUUUUGACUGGUCAGACUUACUAAAUUGUUUAUGAUUGUUUUUGACAGGUCAGACUUACUAAAUUGUUUAUGAUUAUUUGUGACUGGUCAGACUUACUGAAUUGUUUAUGAUUAUUUGUGACUGGUCAGACUUACUAAAUUGUUUAUGAUUAUUUGUGACUGAUCAGACUUAUGGUUGACAUUUUAUGACAAAGUUUUCCAGCAUACAUAUUUAAUUACCGUAAAAACCUAUGCCCUUUUUUUCAGAAAUUUAAUACUCAAAGUGGGGGGUGCGUAAAA